AUGAAGGGCGCAAUCCUAUCCUGGUGCGCUAUCGCUACUUUGACAGCCGCCGCACCAUCAGCAAGGCCAAACAUCAUUUCUUUCAGCAGUUCGGCCCUGGCAGCGGCCGUCAUCGAUGGAUCAACGGCUAUCGAGAGUGCUGCCGAGGCACUUCUUGGAGAUCCGCAAGGAUCAAAAGCUGUCUCGACAUCUCUCUCAGCGGCAAUACAUCUUGCCACUCCAUACGGCAAUGUGACAGGCAUCAAAGACGGCCCUGCAUACCGAUAUGUGUUGCCCUAUGCAAAACCUCCUGUGGGUAGCUUGCGUCUUGCUGAUCCUGUCGCCUUACCCAACGGUACUGCAAUCCUGAACGGACAGAAGACGCCAGCUGCUUGCUUACAAGCCGGCAUUGCAUCCUCAUCGGAAGACUGUCUUUAUGCCUCGCUCUAUGUACCCUCAAGCGGCUCACUCGCAGCACUCCCCGUCUUUGUCUGGCUCGAAGGUGGCUCCUUCGUUAGUGGGAGCGAGACCGCAGCCGGUCUGGAUGGUGCAACGCUCGCGGUCAAUGGCAACAUGAUCGUUGUCGUGCUUCAGUACCGUCUGGGCAUUCUUGGCUUCUAUCGAGCGCCAUCGCUCGGUUUGUCGGGCAAUUAUGCGGUGAAGGACGUCAGGCUUGCGCUACAGGUCAUCAACAAUCUCAAGGCCUUCUGGCACAAUUCGGCAAAGGUCACGCUAGCAGGCCAAUCAUCGGGCGCGCAGCUCAUCAAGACACUCCUCACCGUGCCCACCGCCGAUGCGCUCUUCUCGCAAGCGAUACUUCAAUCUCCGCCCGCAGCAUAUGGCGAUCAAUCUGCCGCUACUGGAGCGAAGCUGGCCGGCUACAUCGAUCAAGUAAGCGGAUGCUCGACCGUCGCCUGCUAUCGUGCCAUGUCUCCCACGCACAUCGUCAAUGCAACAACAAACGUCUACGAGCAAGCAUCACAACAUAUCGCCAAUAUAUCACCUGCCGAGCCGAUCAGACCAAUCAUAGACGGCUCGCUCGUCGUUCGCAGCUUUGAUUCUGCAGUCAAUCGAAAACUCUUCACUCGUACUGAUCGCUCUCUCAUCUGGACGUCUGUACGCGAAGAGGCUGCUCCCGAGAUCUACACGGCGAUUGGGACUUCCCCAGUACCCUCGAGCUACUUUCCCAGCAUCGUUCAAGGCCUUGCUCCUCUGCAGCAGAAAGCUGUUCUCGCAUCCGGGCUGUAUUCUGUCAACGAAAGCGAUACUGACGGGACACGUAACGAGCUCACGCUUCUCGGUACUGAUUACAUCUGGCGCUGUCCGAUCCAGCAAUACGCUGUCAAUAUGACGCGGCAGAUUCCGUCAAUCUAUCUCGCACAGUUCAAUCAGGGUAUUGCAUAUCCAGAUAAUCAAGCAAUACCCUACUGCGCCGGCAAGGUCUGCCAUGAAGACGACAUCUUUUUCACUUUCGACGACGGCGCAUCACUCAACAAGACGCAAGCGGCAAUCUCGAGGGAGAUUACGGCCCGGUACUCAGCCUACGCCCAUACUGGCAGUCCGAACGCUGCAGGCUAUGUGACUUGGUCACCUGUCGCCACAGCAACGAGGCUCAAUCUGUUACAAAUAGACUCAAUCAGUACAGUCAUGCAGACGCAAAGGUCCCCACAGUGUGGACCCAACGCGCUCUGGGGUAGGCUAGCUCGCUUCGAUGCUCAGAUUGCCUCUUGA